ACACAACCCUAAAAAAUCUGCCAUAAUCUACUCACUCCAGCCUUUUUCCAACUACAAAUACUCGCAUUUCGAUACUGCCAGAGCACAACCACAUUUGUAUCCCAAGAAAACAAAGCAAAAGAACCCUAACUUGCAAGUUGCAGCAUCUUCUUUUUCACUUCAAGAAUGGCUAGUGAUCAAGUGACCCUGUUGGAUUUCUGGCCAAGUCCAUUUGGUAUGAGAGUGAGAUUAGCGUUGGCUGAAAAGGGCGUCAAGUAUGAGUACAGUGAAGAAGAUUUGAGGAACAAAAGUGCUUUGCUCCUUCAAAUGAAUCCUGUUAACAAGCAAAUCCCAGUUCUUGUCCAUAAUGGGAAACCUGUCUGUGAGUCACUUAUUAUUGUUCAAUAUAUUGAUGAGGUGUGGAAGGAUAGCGCUCCUUUGUUGCCUUCUGAUCCGUACCAGAGAGCUCAGUCUAGGUUCUGGGCUGAUUUUGUUGACAAGAAGAUAUAUGACCUUGGGAGGAAGAUAUGGACGAAAAAAGGAGAAGAACAGGAGGCAGCCAAGAAGGACUUCAUUGACAGCCUCAAGUUGAUGGAAGGAGAGCUCGGAGACAAGCCUUACUUUGGGGGCGAGACCAUCGGCUACGUUGAUAUAGCACUUGUUCCUUUCUAUUCCUGGUUUUAUGCCUAUGAGACCAUCGGAAACUUCAACAUAGAGGCCGAGUGUCCGAAGAUGAUUGCUUACUGUAAGAGGUGCUUGCAGAAAGAGACUGUAUCCAAGGCCCUUGAAGAUCCACAAAAGGUCUAUGAUUUCGUUCUGAUGCUGAUGAAGAAGUUUGGUAUUGAGUAGAAGAAAGAACAACAUGCAGAUCAGGCAUGUGCCAUUUCCUGUUAAGAAGUUUUACUUGUGUUCUGAGUGAUUUAUGUUUUAAAUAAGGAGGGCAGACAGUUGUGCCUGCCUUGUGUUUCUAGUCUGAGAGGGCACUUAGCUGUGCCUGCCUUGUGCUUAUAGUCCGAGAGGGCACCUCGUCGUGCCUGACUUAGGAUGUGGUUUCCUCCCUGUAAAGUUGAACUUCAAGUCGGUGGUUAUGAUAUAAAUACAUAUGUAUUAAUGAAA